AUGCUCCACCUCGCCGCCGCGAGAUCGCGGGCCCUCCUCCUGCCCCGGCCCGCCGCCGCCCUCCCCUCCCCCACCACCCCCUCCUCCUCCUACUCCUCCUACGCCCGCGGCGCCCCCUCCCCCUCCUCCUACGCCUACCGCGCGGCCUCCUCCGCGGCCGCCGCGGAGGCGGCGGCGGCGGCGGCGGCGGCGUCCGGCGCUGGCGCGGAGGCGGCCGCCACGGCGCCGCCUCCCCCCGCGGCCCGCAAGGGGUGGAUCAGGGGCCUGCUCAAGUUCGGCGUCUUCACAACCCUCGUCGGAGCCAUCGGCGGCGCCGGCUACGCCACCCACGCCUACUCGCUGUCCGAGGUUGACAAGAAGACCCUCGAGUUCAGGAAGGAGAUGACCACCCCGAUCCCCGUCCCGGAGGACGCUUCAGAAUUCGAGAAAUUUCGGGCUAGGGCUUACGAAACAGCUAUGAAAGUUCCUGUUGCAGCGAUAGAGCUUUACCUGGAAAUUAGGGCCAGAAUUGAAGAUCAUGUUGUGGGCUUUACUGAACCCGCAUCAGACAAACUGUUACCAGAUUUACAUCCGGACGACCAGAAUAUCUUCACCCUAGUUGUUGAUCUGACUGACACUCUUGUAUACAAUGAUUGGCAGCGUGAGAGAGGUUGGAAGACAUUCAAGAGACCAGGAGUUGAAGCUUUUCUGCAACAUAUGGCAACCAUGUAUGAAGUUGUUGUAUAUUCUGAUCAACUGCAAAUGUAUGUGGACCCUGUGGUUGAAAGGUUGGACUCAACGGGUCAGAUACGCAAAUUAUCAAGGCCUGCAACUAAGUACCAAGAUGGUAAACAUUAUCGGGAUUUGUCAAAGUUGAACAGAAAUCCUGCGCAAGUUCUUUACGUCAGCGCACAUGCUCUUGAAUCUUGCCUGCAACCUGAAAAUUGUGUUACAGUCAAACCCUGGAAACUUGAAAAUGAUGACACUGAGUUGCUGGAUCUGAUUCCAUUUCUUGAGUAUCUUGCCAUAGCAAGGCCUUCUGAUAUUCGGGCAGUGCUUGCUUCCUAUCAAGGUCAUGAUGUUGCUAAAGAGUUCCGAAAGCGUAGCAAAGAACUGGAGAGGCACAAGCAAGCGAAGCAACGUAAGAGCAUAUGGCGGCGGUGA